AUGUCUGCAAAUCAUCCUUACCGCAGUCUUCAACUGCCCCCGGAUGCACCAUUUGAGCUGAAGCCCUCGCCAGGCAAAGGAUGGGGUGCUUUCGCCACAAAACGGAUUAGAUGA